CGAAAAUUAACCCGAAACCGGAGUCCGAAUCCGAAUCCAAGAUUCAGAAAUGGCGGCCAUCGAUGCCCGCAGCGAUUCUGCCCCUCGACCUCCACCUUCCACAGCAGGCGCAAACCCGUCCCCCUCCCGCCACCUUUCCUUGACGUCACCACCUUCAUCUCACCCCCGCCAGCACCCGGCGAGAUCGCCCUAAUCGACGCCUCGGCCGGCCGCCACGUCACCUUCGCCGAGCUCCACCGCGGCGUGCGCUCCCACGUCGCCCUUACCCUCCUCCCGCUCGCGUCCGCGGGCCACGUCAUCCUCCUCCCCCCCCCCAACUCCAUCUACUUCCCCGUCGUCUCCCUCGCCGUCAUGUCCCUCGGCGCGGUCCUCACCACCACCAACCCCCUCAACACCCCUCAGGAGAUCUCCAAACAGGUCGCCGAUUCUAACCCGGUGCUCGCCUUCACCACCCGACCCCUCGCGUCCAAAAUCGACAAAACCAUCCCGAUCGUCCUCCUCGAGGAGCCCCAGCCCGCCGGCUGCGAGAACCCGCAGGAGGUGGCCACGAUCGGCGAAAUGAUCUCUGCGGAGCCCGAUCGUAACAGAGUCAAAGAGAGGGUGAGCCAAGACGACACCGCCACGCUUCUCUACUCCUCCGGGACGACAGGAACGAGCAAGGGCGUGGUCUCCACCCACCGCAACCUGAUCUCCAUGGUGCAGAUUAUCAUCAACCGGUUCCAGCUCGAUGAGCCGGAGACCUUCAUCUGCACCGUCCCGAUGUUCCACGUGUACGGCUUAGCAGCGUUUGACGGUAUCCUCGGUCUGGAUCUACGCAUAGUGGUCCUUGUCCAGGUUGAGAUGGGGAUUGUUAGGAGCAAUUUAGGACCAAAGCGACUUAAUUUACCGCUUGUGCCGCCGAUCUUGGUUUCGCUUGCCAACAGAGCAAGCCCCCCCGUUAGGGUUCUCUACGGCGAGGAAGUGAUCGAGGGGUUCAGAGAGAAAUACCCAAGCAUAGAAAUACUGCAGGGGUACGGUUUGACUGAGAGCACGGGUAUCGGGGCCUCGACGGACUCGGCGGAGGAGAGUGAAAAAUACGGUACGGCCGGGAUGCUGUCGCCGAAUACCGAAGCGAAGAUUGUGGAUCCAGAUACGGGCGCGGCGCUGACUGUUAACAAAACAGGGGAGCUCUGGAUACGGGGACCGUAUGUCAUGAAAGGGUAUUUUAAGAAUCAGGAGGCGACGAAGUCGACGCUUCUCGAUGAUGGGUGGUUGAGGACCGGGGAUUUGUGUUACAUUGAUGAGGAUGGGUUUUUAUUUGUGGUGGACAGGCUCAAAGAGCUGAUCAAAUAUAAGGGAUAUCAGGUUGCGCCUGCGGAGCUGGAGGCAUUGUUGUUGGCGCAUGCUGAGAUUGCCGAUGUUGCCGUGAUACCGUUUCCAGAUAAGCAAGUGGGUCAGCUUCCAAUGGCGUAUGUUGUGAGGAGGAGUGGAAGCAAAUUGAACGGGGAAGAGGUGAUGGAGUUUGUGGGAAAGCAGGUGGCGCCGUACAAAAGGGUCCGGAGGGUGGCAUUUGUAUCGUCUAUUCCGAAGAAUGCAUCAGGGAAAAUACUGAGGAAGGAUCUGAUCAAGCUUGCUACUUCUACCUCCAAGAUGUAGAAUUUGGUUUUGUUCUUGUAAGUUCUUUAGGCCGGAUGUUUUGGGUUGUAUUUGACUAUGGAUGCAUAAAUUAUUCUGAGUUCUACUUUGGUUGCUUCCCUUUUGCAAAAUUUGAUAUGAGAUGAAGUGGAGUACUGAAA